CCCCCGUGAUCUCUAUGUUCAGCCCCCAAACCGUGUUGGUGACGCCACAGCACGGAGAGAUGGCGGAGCAGGGUUCGGGGCGCUCGUUGGGCUCCUAUUCUCCCGUGGAUUAUAUGAGCAUUACCAGUUUCCCCCGCCUUCCUGAGGAGGAGACCGGGGGAGAGCCGGGGCCACGGGCCGGAGAGGAGGAUACAUUCCUGGGGGAGCAUGACUCGGACCCGGAUGCCUUCCUGAAAUCAGCUCGUCUACAGAGGCUUCCUUCUUCCUCCUCUGAAAUGGGGAGCCAGGAUGCAUCACCCCUCCGAGAGACCGUCAAGGACCCUUUCACCUCAGACUGCAGUUGUAGACAGGAUAGUCUUACAGUUAUCAUUACUGCCUGCGUGACUUUUGCUAUUGGGGUUACCAUAGCUCUUGUCAUGCAGAUCUAUUUUGGGGAUCCACAGAUCUUCCACCAAGGGGCAGUGGUGAGUGAUGCUUCCAGGUGUACUGCUCUGGGCAUAGAUGUAUUAGAGAAAAGGGGCAGCUCUGUGGAUGCCGCCAUAGUUACUGCCCUUUGUCUUGGAAUUGUUAAUCCUCACACGUCCGGUAUUGGAGGAGGGGGAGUGAUGCUUAUUCAUGACAUCAGAAAUAACGUAUCAAACGUGAUUGAUUUCCGAGAGACAGCUCCUUUCGCUAUCCAUGAAGAGCUGGUGAGACGCUAUUGGAAGGAGAGGCCUGGGAUUUUGGUUGGAGUUCCUGGAAUGUUGAAAGGUUUUUCUAAAGCUCAUGAGAUGUAUGGGAAACUUUCCUGGCAAGAAGUCAUUUCUAUGGCAGCUGAAGUGGCACACGGGGGUUUCAACGUGACCCACGAUUUGGCCAAAGCAAUAAACGAGUCAAGGGGCCAGACUUUCUCAAAUGCCUUCUUGGAGACUUUCUUACCAGACGACAAACCACUUAUGGCUGAAACAUUCAUUAGGAGACCUGACUUAGCAGCCAUAUUGUAUGCUGUAGCAAAAGAAGGGGUAGAAGCUUUCUAUAGCAGCAACCUGACACAGGAAAUGGUUUCAGAGGUAAAUGCAUAUGGGGGAGUCAUGGCAGAAGAGGAUUUCAGCAACUACAGUGUUCUAGUAGAGAAACCCAUGCAGACCGUUUACCAAGGCCACCUUGUGUUUGUACCACCAGCUCCAAACGCGGGACUUGCCCUGAUAACGGCCCUUAACAUCCUAGACGGGGCAAAUCUGACGAAGCAGACUCCCCGCGCAAGUGCCCUUCACUGGAUAGCUGAGACCCUCAAAAUUGCCCUUGCCACAGCUAGCACUCUGGGGGACCCCACGCAUGACCCCUCAAUGCCCGGCUUUGUGAAGGAGAUGCUGAGAGAGUCUGAGAUCAAUUUCCUCCGGCAGCGCAUCAAUGAUUCCCAUGCUGCCCCCACAGAACAUUACAUGCCCUUCUAUAACCUGGAAUCCGGAUCUGCUUCCAGCCAGGCCUUAGUGGUUGGACCAGAUGAUUUCAUUGUAGCUGUGGUGAGUUCUCUGAAUCGCCCUUUUGGCAGUGGAAUUAUGACAUCCUCUGGCAUCCUGCUUAACAGCCAAAUCCUUGAUUUCUUCUGGAGCAACAGAAGCAACAGAACCUCAUUUCCCAGUCCUAGUAACACAGUUGAACCAGGGAAAAGGCCUCUGUCCUUCCUACUUCCCACGGUGGUACGCCCAGCUCAUGGUCUGUGUGGGACCUACCUCUCUCUUGGUGGAUCAAAUGGGGAUCGUGCUUUGACGGGUAUUACUCAGGUCCUGCUUAAUGUCCUGUCUUUUAACAAGAACCUGAGCGACAGCGUGUCCAAUGGGAGGCUGCACCCUGACCUGCAGACCAGUCUUCUGGAAGUGGAUGGAGACUUCCCAGAGAAUGAUACCCUGGGCCUGGAAUCCAAGGGCCAUCUCCUACGGAAGAUCCCAAUUUUGGGCUUAGUUCAUGGUUCACGGAGGAGCAACGACCUCAUCAUCGGAAUAAAGGAUCCACGCAGCAAAGACGCUGGAGCAUCCACUAUCUUGUAGAUCUUGCAAGUUGCACCUACCUGAAAUGCAUCUGUUUUUGGGAAGCUCACCUGGCUUAUUGGAGGCACUUAAUUUAAAGGAUAAACCACGGUGACUACCAGGGCUUGGGUCUUCUCUUGAUGAAACCGUGUGCAAAAGAAAAAUGUGUUUGAUCCAGUCACUCUCCUAGGAUAGAAAUUUGUCUAAAUGACACCACCACCUUCAAAUAAUACAGACUUAUCUUGAUAAUAAGAACGGGCUGUUCUAUUGGCAGAAUUGCAGCUGAAGUUGGCAUGAUUGAUGCAUUUGGUGCAUAGUCACACAACAUUUUUUUUGUGUGUUAGGUGCACCAGAUCAUUAAUAAAGUCUCCUCAAACUUCUGCUGCACUACCUAGAUCCUAA